UUGCUCACUCACCGCUAUCAACCCCACUCCCCACCCAGCUCCUCCUCAUCCCUCAUCCACAUAAUCGGAGUUCAGAAGGAUGUGCCUUUUCACACCACUCUCAACUCAGUUGCAACUGCAAGCACACUGAUGGACUGGACUCUGCAUGUACUCCUGCUGGGCCUGCUACUGCCAGGGUUGCAGGCCUUUAAGCCUUUACUGGGAAACUCCAUCACCCACCGGGAGAUAACUAAGAUGGCCAUCCUGCGCAAAACCACAGAGGUCUGUCAAGCAUUGGCCAUCGCUGAGGGGAGAGAUUUCCGCAUUCCUACCGGUAGACUGUCUGCAUCUAAAGUGCAGAGAGCCUGCUCACACAACGACGGCUCCCUGGAGUCUGCUGUCAAUUUCAAGGCCUCCAUCAUGACAAUAUACUUGAGCAAUGCAGAAGUGGAUGUCAUUUACCGUCUGAGUGAUCGGCACCACUUCAAAGGGGAGGACUUCACAGGCAGCCGGGCCCUCAUCACAGAUGGCAUGGCCAGCAUAAAGGCCAAUGUCUGGAAGGAGAACUUUAUCUCAGCAAGAUUUACUCUGGGGAAGAUCUGCCACACCCUGCAGGAUUUCUAUAGUAACAGUAACUGGAUUGAACUGGAAAACAAGCAUCCAAACACCAACCUGAUCCGACCAGAUGAAAUCGGAGCAGGGAAGUGCAGUCAUGGUGGGUUUUUUGACUGUACUAGUCAGCCAGACCCAAUUGCCGGGAUCAACAAGGAUGACGACGGAGCAGAUCAUGGACACCUGCAUCGCGCUGCUGCUGCGAUGGCUGUGGACGCCACCAUGGAGCUGUUGGAGGACAUCCGGGGUGCUGCCGGGGAGAAAAACUUCCUCCGGCUUAUGGGUAUCACUCAUUCCUCUGUGCUAUGUUUUGUGAUUGACACUACGGGCAGCAUGUCUGAUGACAUUGAGGAGGCAAAGAGGGUGUCAUUUUCAAUCAUCGACAGUAAGAAAGGCACUCAAGAUGAGCCAUCCUCCUACAUCCUGGUGCCCUUUAAUGACCCAGGAGUUGGACCUCUGACUCGGACAAGAAACUCUGACAUCUUUAAGCAGAGGAUCGAUGCUCUAAGUGCAACUGGUGGGGGUGACACGCCAGAGAUGAGUCUAUCAGGACUGCUGCUGGCACUCAGCAGUGCCCCUGCAUCCUCUGAGAUUUUUGUGUUCACCGAUGCCCCGGCCAAAGAUGUUUACCUGAAGAGCACAGUCAUUGCUCUGAUUGAGAGCACCAAGUCAGUUGUGACCUUCUUUUUGACGAAUCCUCUCUUUGGUCGGCGUCGAAGGGACACUAAUAGUAAGAGUCGCCUGUACCAGGAAUUGGCCGAGGCAUCUGGGGGGCAGGCCAUAGUGAUCACCAAGGACAUGCUGGACCAAGCCACUGACAUCAUUGUGGACUCCUCUACCACAGGCCUGGUGACAGUUCUCCACGUGGUGAGGAAUCCAGGAGGAACAGAUUAUUUCAGCUUUACAGUAGAUGCAUCCAUGAGGAACAUUACCACAUACCUCACAGGCAGCUCUCUCACCUUCAGUUUCACCAGCCCCUCAGGUGUGUCUCAGAGCAGUUCUGCUUCAGACGGGCCCCUGGGUACAAUAAAGGUAGUAGGGAACCUGCACACGAUUCGCUUGGACACCCAAACCGGAUUAUGGGAAAUCAGAGUCACCUCAACACAACCAUACACUCUGAAGGUCACAGGGCGAAGCAGUAUAGAUUUUGUCUACAACAUUGUAGAGGACCUUGUGGGGUCAGGAAGUGAUUUCACCUUGAAAGAGGGUCGUCUCCGAGCAGGUGGGAGUGGCACCUUGUUGCUGUCUGUGGUGGGUGGGGAUUCCCUCACAGUGACAGAGGUGUCCCUGGUGGAGAUAUCUGGUUUGAGGGUGGAAAACAGCACCUUGAAGCCAUUGGGAGAAGGGGAUUAUCUGGUGUCUGUGGAGAAGGUCCCGGAUGAAAGUUUUGUUAUUCUGUUGAAGGGGGUGGAUGGGAUGCACCGGUCCCCCCAAAACAGCUUCCAGAGGCAGUCCAACACCCAGCUGAAGGCUUCCAGCCUGACUCUCACAGCCUUGACUAAUGGCACCAUGGAGCCUGGGGUGCAAUUCACUGUUCCUUUCACUGUGCGGUCUAAUGGGACGGCGGGAAGUUACACCAUCCGCUCCCGAGACGACAGGGGAUUCAUCACCUCUGCACCAUCCAGCCUGCUUUUGGAUAGCGGGAGAAGUGCUCAGGGGUCAGUACAGCUCAAGGCUCCUGGCAGUACACCCUCAGGCACAGACGUCACACUCACUAUUGAGGCUGAGUCCCCCAGUGGCGGCGACUCCAACUAUGUGGUGCUCCGCCUCACUGUCCUCAACCAGGUGACAGACUUCAGCCGACCUGUGUGCCAGGUAGAGAGCGUGAGCAGCAACUGCUCCAUGAACUGCAGCGAAUCGAGGUGGGAGCUUUCCGCCAACCUGACGGAUGGGAACGGGACAGGCAUCCAAAGAGUGUCAUUGCGCUUGGGGGAUGGCACCCUUGACACCACCACCUCCCUGGGGGAGGGGGGCGUCAACAUCACCAUUGCAACAUACAAUGCCUCCUGCUGCUCGCCAAAUGUAGAGUUAGUGGCGGUGGAUGCCGUGGGCAAUGUGGGCACAUGCUUCCAUUCCAUCAGAGCCAUACCAACCCCUGCCCCCAGCAGUGCUACUGCCCCCAGCAGUGCUACUGCCCCCAGCAGUGCUACUGCCCUCAGGAGUGCUACUGCCCUCAGGGUGCUGCUCCUCCUCAUUUCCCCUGCCCUCCUGGCUGGCCUUCAGGCUUGAAUCACACGCAGCAGCUCUCACAAUGAGGCUAGUAACCUGUGGGCACUCCUUAGAUGGCAAAUUAUCUUCAUAUCUUCUUUGCUUUUAUUUUUUUUGAAAUUAUUUUAUGCUACAUUAUGCUGGAAAAUAAAAACAAUUAGUUGGUCAGCCAUAUUGAAUGUUAUAGCUUGUGGCAUUGCUGUGAUGUUUGUCAAGAGGGCAUUAUGAUUAGGCAGAUGAAUAGUAUCACAAAUUAAAACUUUCCUCUUUCAUGUGCAAGAUUUUAUGAACAAGAUAUUUGAUCGUAUUUGUUUAUCAAUAUGCGACUUAAUCGUGCAAAUAAAUCACAGCCAGGGUGUAAAGGCCACACUCCACUAGACCGCAUUCAGACUGCAAUCCCCUAGACCACACUCCCCAACACUGUACUCCAUCUGACUGGACCCCACUCAGCCAUGUCAAUAAUCUGUUCAAAACAUCUGAAAAUUACUGCUUGCAUUCAACUUCACUAUCCACUUUCACUGCCAAAUGCUUAAUGCAUGCUUAUUUGUACAUGGUGAAACCAAAUUGUACAUUAUAUCAAUAAACUUUAAUAAAAUAAUCUUUUAAAUGUUUGCAGCA